GUUAUACUCGGUCUGUGGUUCUCCAUCAUUCCUCUUAGCCGUACAUGAGCCUCUCCUCCCGUCACUACACCGAGCACAUUCCAGUCACGGUCGGAACUGCAUAUUAAGAAAACUGCAGCAGGCGGACGUGACGUCACGGGCCCAUGUUUGAAACCCGGUGCCGGGGUUUGUAGUUCAGGACGACGCUGAGCGUCCACACCACACCGGCGGCUCUGACACUGGUAUUACACGGCAGGUGACAUGGCGGCGGCACAGGGCAUCCCUGAGUGGCACCAAGGGGGCAGCAGUCGCUCUUUCACCGUUUUCGUGUAUGACCGCCGCUUGGAGCAGUGCUUCUGCGAGGAGAAGAGUCUGCAGCUUCGAGGGGGUCACCGAGAGUUGUGCGCAGACAUAUGUGAGGCUUUUAGCAUCAAUCCAAGUGAAAAGUUUGUCAUCUCAACAACAAAUAGAGAAGAACUGACAGACACAAACUUUAAUGGAAUUGUUAAAGAUGGCAUCACUUUUUACGUUCUUAACACACUUGAUCAGCACUUGUCUUCAUCAACGCAAGAAAGAAUUAACUUUUUGCCUCAUUAUGAUACACUGGUGAAAAGUGGAAUGUAUGAAUAUUAUGCUAGUGAAGGACAAAAUCCACUGCCAUUUGCCCUUGCUGAGUUAAUAGACAACUCUCUUUCAGCAACUGCUCAAAAUUCUGGCAUUCGAAAUAUACAAAUAAAACUGCUUUUUGAUGAAUCCCAAGGAAAACCUGCAAUUGCAGUUAUAGAUAAUGGAAAAGGAAUGAAUUCAGUCCAGCUUAGAAAUUGGGCUGUAUAUCGUUUGUCAAAGUUUAGAAGAGGAUCUGAAGGAUACAGUGAUAAUACAAGUUAUGUUCGCCCUCCCCCUGUUGCACGCAGUCUUAACAGUGAUAUCUCUUAUUUUGGUGUUGGAGGAAAGCAAGCCGUUUUCUUUAUUGGUCAUUCCACCCAUAUUAUCACUAAGACAUCAGACUCCCAAGAUGUCCAUGAAUUUCUCAUUUCCAAAGAAGAUUUUGAGAAGAAAGAGAGAAAUAAGGAAUCCAUUUACUCUGGCUCUAUAAGAAACAGAAAGCCCACAGAUUUUUCACAUGUUACGGAAGAUGAUAGGAAUCUGCGUAACCUCAUCUUGGAGGAGAAAGAUAAAGAAAGCUUUACUGCAAUUAUUGUAACCGGUGUUCAGCCUGGACAUAUACAAUAUUUAAAAAAUUGCCUUCAUCUUUGGGCCACACAGCUAGCGCAUAUCUACCAUUACUAUAUUCAUGGGCCAAAAGGACAUGUAUUUGGUAAACCUAAAACCACACCUUUCAGCAGUAUUGAUAUUGAGGUUUACAUAUUUGAAAAAGGAAAGACUCCUAAAAUUAUUAAUCUUAGAGAGAUUAAUGAUGACAUGCAGACUUUGUAUAUUAAUUCUGCAGCUGACAGCUUUGAGUUUAAAGCCCUUGUUGAUAGGGAAGGAAUAGUUGAAGGAAUCAUACGCUACCAUCCAUUUCUCUUUGACACAGAAACUUACCCAGAUGACCCAUUCUUCAUAUCAAGAGAUAAUGAAGACAGUGACUAUGAUGAUGAUUGCAUCAUUGUGGAAAAAGAGGCUAGAGGGAAGAGACCAAUCUUUGAAUGUUUUUGGAAUGGAAGGCUGAUUCCUUAUACUACUAUACAAGAGUUUGACUGGUGUGCAUUGCCAAAGAAGAGAGGACUUGUGCCUAUUGAGUGUUAUAACAGGAUCUCUGGAAUUUUAUUUACCAAUGACAAGUUUGAAGUCAGCACAAAUAAAUUGACUUUCUUAGAUCUGGGGUUAAAAUUACAGGACAAAAACACAAUCUUUACAAGAGUGACAAAUGGACAGGACCAAAGAGUAAAAAUUGACAGAGAAUUUACAAUGUGGUUAAAAGAAUGCCAUGAAAAAUAUGACAAACAAAUCAAGUUUUCUGGUUUUAAAGGCAUAAUAACCCGACGGGAUAUUGCAUCAAAACGUAUGCAAACUCCUUGGGCAACCUAUACAUCCAUUGAGUGGGAUGGAAAGACUUAUAAAGCUGGACAACUGGUAAAGACCAUAAAAACUGCGCCUCUAAUAUAUGGAAGUAUAAUUAAGUUUCUACUUUAUGGAGAUCAUGAUGGUGAUGUUUAUGCUACAGGAGGAGAAGUCCAGAUUGCUUUGGAACCAAAAGAAUUAUAUGAUGAGAUGAAAUGCGUACCAAUUUCCAAGCUUGAUCGCAUAGUUGCAAAAUCAUCUAUAAAGAAGUACAUAGAAGAUGAGAUGGCAAAGUUCCCAGACACAUUGGCAGUAUCGUGGCCUGAUGGGGAUGCUUUGGUAGAGAAUGAUGUAAAACCGGCAGGAACUCCUAUAGGAGCUUUAAAAGUUGAAAUUUUAAACAAGAAAGGGGAAGCAAUGCAGAAACUUCCAGGAACAAGUCACACAGCCUCAAAGAAACUCUUGGUGGAGUUAAAGGUUCUGUUGCAUUCAUCAAGUGGAGAUAAAGAAAUAAUUUCUCAUAUAAGUCAGCAUGGAGGAAAAUGGCCAUACUGGUUUAAGAAAAUGGAGAACAUUACAAAGCUUGGAGAUUAUACGCUCAAACUUCAAGUUGUGUUAAAUGAAAGUAAUGCUGACAAAUAUGGAGGGAAAGCCCUGCCAUGUAAAAAGGUUUCUUUUAAGAUUGUGGAGGGCAAGCCAUAUAAAUUCUUUGUUGGACCCGUAGAACCAAUUCUAGUUGGAAUACCAUUCAAUAUACCUUUAAAUGUGCAAGAUGAAUUUGGUCAUUCUACAUUGCUUUCAGCAGACAUUCAGCCAGUUUUGGAGGGAAGUGGUCUAACAAUUACAUGCGAAGAGAUCAGCACAGUACCAGAAUUAUUUAUUAAAGGAGUGAUUGUUCGAGGACAAGUGAAGAACUGCCAAAGCAAGAUUUUUACAUUGAAGAUAACUUUACCUGGUUUAAAAGAAGACAAUCAAACUGUGAAGAUGAAAUUAUUACCUGGGAAACCCAAUCAGCUUAAAGUGUUUCCAGAAAAUGACAUUCUUAUUAUUGAUAAUGGUUCAGCUUUUCCCUUUCACGUCGAAAUUCUGGAUCAAGAAGGAAAUCCUACAACUCAAUCUAAGUUAAUUGUUCAUUGUAAGUUUACUGGGGCUCCAAACCUUCCUGUCUAUCGGUUGGAUUGCAGUACUACAGGCAGUGGCAUUUUAACUGGGCCUAUCAUUAAAGUUCAAAAUAUAAAGAAAAUGCAAUUAUUAAAAGCAAAAAUUGAAAUACCUAGUUGCAAGGAUGUAAAACCUGUGGAAAAAUCUAUUAAACUUCAGCCAAGCACCAAUAUUGCUAGACUUCAGAUACUUAGAGUGGAGGGAGAAAAGGCUAUUCAUAUUAAACAUCAGGAGGAGAUCACAUGGAUGGCAGGCGAUACCGUACAAAGUCUAAUUUUUCAAAUUUUUGAUGAGGGGGAUAGAGAAAUCCUCAUAACCCCAGAACUUGCAGAAAAGCUUAAGGUUAAUUGGACCCCAAAGGUUUCCAAGGAGAAACUGCUGAAAGGAAUGUUACCUGAUGUUGAAGUGUCUAAUUCAGUUACUAACUUUCAAUAUUGCCAAGUAACUUUUCAUGAUGAGAAUGUUUCCUUGGAAAGUGCAUUCACUGUAAAGCCUAUCCCUGAUGAACCAAAACAUUUGAAAUGCAAGUUAAAAGGAGACAAUGUUAUCCGCAUUGGUGAAGAGCUAAAACAUGAUAUUGAAUUAAUAGUAACUGACCAGUAUGGAAAUAAGAUAGAAACAAUGUCCCAAUCUUGUCUUGAAUUUUUGAAUGUUUCUGGAAAAAAUCUUGACAAAGGAAAAAUAAAAAUGUUUUUUCAGAAUCAAUCUAUGAUUGUCAGGGGGAUAGCAUUUUUUGUCGGACCCCUUGAGGAAAUAGAGUUAUGUUUUGCAUGGAGAAGUCUUUCAACUUUUCUGAGACUGAGACUUGUUGCAGGGCCACCAUCCAAAAUUUGUCUAGGAGAAUGGAAUAAGUCUAUUACAGUGGUAUCUGGAAAAAAGGUUCAAAUGCCUAUAGUUAUCCAGCUUUAUGAUGAGUGGGGUAAUCCAUCUCCAGAGCCAAAUGUGAAGGUCACACUAAUAAAGGACAUUGUUCUAAAGAUUACUCCAUUUCUUCAGUAUAAAACAGAUGCCAAAGGUCAAGCAAAUUUGGGAUUGGUUACCUUCUCUGCACCGAAGGGAUUAUAUACUUUGCAGUUUAAAGCUUUGAAUACCAAGAAUAUUAUAGAAAGUUCUCCAAUAAAGAUAAACCUUGUGUCUGACCCUGAUAAACCAGCCACUGUUUCUUUAAAGUUUGAUAAAGAUGUAGAAUUUAAUGCUGGAGGUGUAUUUCCUGACUUUGUGGUUAGUAUUCUUUCUGAAGAUGGAGAUGUCAUUAAGAACCUUAACCCAGCAUGCUGUUCCAUGAAAAUGUGGAAGUCACAAACAACUGGUGGAAAACCCCCAGCUACUGCAGCAGUGUUCAACUGCAAUAAACCAAGAGAUGGGGAUAAAGAGGGCUGUUUCUAUUUCAGAGAUAAAAUGAUUCCUGAUCGUGUUGAAAAGUAUUGCAUCCAGUUUAUGUAUAUGGCUGAGAAAGCUACUGUACUUUAUAGUGACCAGUUUUUAAUAAACGUUGUUGCCAACAAGCCUGUGAAGUUGGUUCCACUCCCAAAUCCUGCCACCCCAACAGUAUCUAAUGUGAAAGCUGAGGCCAGCCGCACCUUAUUUAGGAAUCUAUGGCUUAAGACUGUGGAUGAACACAGUAAUUUAGCUGGUGUUAAUCUGAAUGGGAAAAUUAUUGCACAAAUAUGCCCUUCUGAAAGUGCAGAGGAGAUUCCACUAUUUCAGUCGGAAACAGAUAUUCUGGAGAUCCCUUUUCGGAAUGGAUCUGCUGACAUCCCUAGCCUAAUCCUUGCUGAAAACAGUCCAGGAACAGACAGUACAGAAUAUAAGAUUAAGUUUUCACUUGUUUGCCAAACUGUGGAACCUGUGGAUAUAAAGCCAUAUUUCCUUCCAUUCUUUUUUUUCAAUGAUUUUAAAAAACAGCAGCAGAUGGCACAGCUUACAAAGGAAAAAGACAAGUUAAUGGAGUCCGUGAAGGCUUAUAGAUGUUUAUUUGAUGCAACAAAUCAACUGAUCAAAGAAAUGAAAUGUCAGUCAGAAGAAGCCAGGAACAAAGAAAUGCACUUAAAGAAUGAAUUAAAGAAAAAGAAAAUUGAUUUGUCUCUGAAAAACCAGGUAGAAAACAUUAAUAACCUCAUAAACAAGAAGAUGAAAGAAGCAGAUACCUUGUUUAAUAAACCUAGACGGAAAUGUUCCCUGUCUCAAUUUCCCAAAGGUAGAAAGGAUGUCUUGGGAAAGAUUGCUCAUUUGGCAUACAUUGAAGAUGAACAAGUCGCGGUUGUAAUCUCAUGGCACUUAGCUAGUGAUAUGGACUGUGUGGUGACACUGUCAACCCAGGCUGCACGUCAAAUUUAUGAUGAGACAGCAGGCCGGCAACAAGUCCUACCUUUAGAUUCAAUUCAUCGAAAAAGUCUGCCAAGCUGGGGAAGGCCUUUACCGCACUUGCGUAAUGGAACAAGUUGUUUUGAAGCCGAGGGUAAUCCAGUGUAUGCUAGAGAUCUCUUGGUUUUCCCAGAAAACAAAGAACAAUGUGAAAUAGUUUUCGGCAUGCUUUUAGGUGAUACGAUAAUUCUGGAUAAUCUUGAUGCAGCUAACAACUACAGAAAACAGCUUGUCCAGUACUCACAGUGCCCAACACUGCUGACAAGAGGUGGCGACAGAAUCCGCAGCAAUGGAAAGUUUGGUGGAUUGCAAAAUAAAGCACCCUCUCUAGUACAGCUUAGAGGAAUGGUGUUUGGAGCUCCAGUGCCCAGGGAAUAUGACAUAAUUUCUGCUGAAAUAGAUCUCUUACAACAGUAUCGCGCAGCAGUAAAUAGGUCCCAAACAGUAAGUGAAGAGCUUAUGAAGCAGAUUAAAUUCUUGGAUUCACCAAAUAUGCAACAGAAAAAAAAAGAAUUUGAAGAACAAGAACAGUCUUUGCAGGAAAUCGAGAAGAAACUUGGUAUGACCCCAAAAAAACAGAACAAGAGAGCUGAAGAUCUCAAUUUGUCUGAUUGCCCUGUUCCUUCAAAACGAGCCAAAAAAGAUACAACAAGGACAGCCUCAAGAUAGUUACUCAAAAGGUGAGAAACAAAUUGAAUCUGAAAACAUUCUACAGAAAAACAACUUAAGCAAGAAUAUUAGAAGUGUUUCUGAAAUAUAUUUCUGCUGGCAGCUUUAUCAUUUGAAAGUUUAUGUAUUUCUAUAUUUUUAUAGAAAUUGCCUAAAGGCAAAUUUUUUUUUUGUUUGUAUAGAAAAUAAUUUUUGGUCUACUGUGUAAAUAUAAGUAUCCAGUGUGAAAAGAGACUGUUCUUAGCUAAUAUUUUGGGGAAACCAAUAUGUAUGGAGUGAAAAAUGUCGUCCAUAAAUUUUGGACAUGCUGGUACAAUCGGCAUGUAUGAAAAUCUUUUUCUGUAUUGAAGUUUUGACUUUGGUUAUUCUAAACCCAUAUGAAGGUCAUGCUGAAAGGUCAAGUAUGUACCUAAAGUAUUUGCAUUCUAAUUUGAUUUCAAAGUUAAUUUUGCAUGUAUGUAUAGAAUUAUCACAAAAUGUCACUGAUUUCUACUUGUUGGUAAAAAUAUAGAAAAAAUACUUAAAUAUUACCAGCACAUAACAUUUUUUCUGUAUCUUUUUAUUAUUUAUGUUCUGGGAACCUAUACCAUUUAAAAUAAUAAUGGUUUUGUCCUAUUAUUUUUACAGUUCUGUUUAAAGGGCUAUUCCUAUCUCCUUAAAAGAUGGCUUCCCUACCCCUUCUGGCCUGUAUCAAAAAACAGCCGAGCACAACUGUCUUGCGCAAUUUGUGAAACACCCGUUAAAAUUAACUGAGAUACUUAAGCAGUGUAGCAAUACGAGCUAUGCUGUUUACUUCCCUAUUUUUGUAAAAAGUGUAGAUUUCAGUGCUACAUCAUUCACGUAACGCCCAUUAAAGUUUGAGACAGUCAGCUCAGCUAUUUGCGGCCAAUGUAGUUGGCCGGUAAGCAGAAAACAGGCCAGAUAGUGCUGGGAAGCCAUCUUUUACUGAACUGGGAAUACGAUUUAAGAACACAUGUUUUGUUAGUUCUUCUAUUACAUUUUGCCUGACUUAUGUAAGUUCAAUAGAAGUAAACUAGCAAAACAAGUAAUGCCACAUCUACUAAUAUUUUUAAAACCUUAUUAUAAAAAGUGGCUUCAUAUUGAAAAGGCUCCCUAUUUUAUUAAAUAUUUUUUUUUAACUUUUGGAAAAAAAAUAGAGUAAUAAAAUUUUUUAUAAA